AUGAACCUCCUUGAAGCGACGGCGAGCGUGGCGCCCGACGUCGUCCGCGCCCAGCUCCAGUCGCUCGCCCGCCUCGCGUGGGAAAAUGAAGUUAACGGCCAACUUGCCAAGGCCGUGACCUGCCACAUGGACCGCAUCGCGCUCUCGGACAAGCACGCGGCGGGUCUCGGCGGGUACCAAGCCGACGUGUGGAUGGACCUGGCGCUCUUCCACCUUCAGACGGGCUCGUUCGACAAAGCCGCAAACUGCCUCCGGGAUUGCAUUGCCACCGACCAGCAGCAUAUCGGGGCAGUGCAGGCGUACGGCGCGCUCCUGUGCUCGUACCGCAACUUUGACGGCGCCGAUAUUGUGCUCAAGAACGGUCUCUUGCUGCUAAAAGACGACGGCCGCGCGCCGCCGGCGAUCCGCGCCCGCAGCCACGCGCUGCUCGCUAUCUACUAUGCGACGUCGGGCAUGGACGGGACGGGCAACCUGCGCCUCCACGAGCUCAUGCAAGCGCUGUCUGUGCAAAAGUCGUCGGCGUUUGCGACGCCGACCGCUGUCUGCAUCGAGAUCGCGGCGUACCUCUGUGAGCUGCGACUCGACGACCUCGCGCGCAUCGCACUGGAGCUCGGCGCGGCUCUGCGCAAGCCCAAGACGGUGUACACGAGCGUCAUGUGGUCCACCGAGCGCUUUGUGCAGGCGACGAUUCAGCUGCACCAUGACGAUCUUGACGGCGCGCGCGCCAGCUUGCAGGAGGCAGUCGCCAAGGACGCGACGCUCGCCGAUGCGUGGUACCUCCAGGGCGUCGUGUGCAGCCGGCAGCAGCAGCUCCGCGACGCGAUCACGUGCUUUGAAUACGCCGUCGCGCACGUGACGCAGCUCCGUCACGAAUAUCAUUUGCCGCUGUUUCUCCAGCUCGGGGCGCUGUACAUGCACCACCAGCAGUGGACGGAUGCCAAGAGCAUCUUCCUCACGUCGGUGGGCGAAGCCUCGAACGCCUCGUCCUGGCUCGGCGUCGGCGUGGUGUGCGUGCGCCAAGAAGACUGGGAAGGCGCAGAGAUGGCGUUAGCCGAGGCUAAUAUCCUCGACAACACCAACGCCGAUGUGUGGGGCUAUCUCUCACUCGUCUGCCUCCAUGGCCCGGUCCCUCGCCCGCUCCAAGCCGAACAAGCCUUGCAGCAAGCCCUGCGCUACAACCUCGCCAACCCGACGCUGCUGCGUGAAAUCAGCAACGGAUUUGUGGCACUCGACAAGCUCGAGAUAGCCGAGAGCCUGUUGCGGCGGUCGCUGCGGGCGCAGGACUCGUCGCUGACGCGCAAGACGUUGGCGGACGUGCUCUCGGCUCAAAACUGCGCCGAGACGGCCCUCACCGAGUACCAGCAAGCGCUUGCGAGCUGCGAGAGCAUGGAAGGACGCGCCGACCUUCUCUCGCGCUGCGUCGCCUUGUUGGAGACCCUUGGGCGCAAGGAGGAGGCACACGAGUACAAGGCCAUGGCGGCGCGCCAGCAGGAAGGUGCCGUCUCCGAAGGCGCGCUGCUCCAAUCGCCACCACGGGAUGAAAACAACCCUGCGAGUGGACCGGACGACGUCUAGUGGCCGAGACGGGCGCCAAUGUAC